AUGGCGGACGACGAGCUUGAAGCGAUCAGAGCUAAAAGAAUGGCUGAAUUACAGCAGCAAAUGGUGAGAAUGACUUUGUAUGGUUUUGAAGCAAAUGUUUUGUUGUAGUAGGAUAGUUUGAUUAAGUUUUUUUUAUGUUUUAGGGCGGUGGUGAGGCCUCACAACAUCGUGAACAACAGGAGGAGAUGAAGAGGUGGGUCCAGUUGGCAAGAAAUCUGUCGUUUUCUGCAGGAGAUUUUGUAUACCAUUUAUAUACCAUGGUAGUUUCUAUACCAUGGAGUUUAUAUACCAUGGUAGUUUCUAUACCAUGGAGUUUAUAUACCAUGGUAGUUUCUAUACCAUGGAGUUUAUAUACCAUGGUAGUUUCUAUACCAUGGACUUUGUAUACCAUGGUAGUGGUAGUUUAUAUACCAUGGUAGUAGUAGUUUAUAUACUAUGUCCAUGCAUGGUAGUUUAUAUACCACAAAUGAUGGUGAGUUUUUCUGUUCUUUUGAAUGGUGUCUUUUGAUGGCAUAUGUCCUUUGCAGUCCUGGAAUAAUCUCUGAUUACACACACCAUCAAAAAUGCACUAUAGUGUGAUUACAUUAUUUUGGGUAUGGUGAACUGUGAAGUAUGACAAUAGGGCCAUUUAUACGGGACAAAAUAAGACACGACUUACAUAAGACGCGACUUAAAUAAGACGCGAGUUUGUCGUAUAAAAGGCACAAAAUUCUUAUGUAAGACCCGUCUUGGAUAAGACGCAACUUAAAUAAGAACAGGACUUUUAGCUGUUCUUAUUUAAGUCACGUCUUAAAUAAGAAAUUUUAGACAAAAAUUCUAACUUACACAUGCCCGAAACUUGAAACAACGUAAAAUUAUUAGCCUUGCAUAUUAAAACAAAAACAACCGAAACAACAUUAUAGCUUUUGCAAGUAAAUAAGAAUAAAGCCAUAGAGAACCAUUUAUGCGAUAACUCCGCUUAUAUAAGACGUGUCUUAUGUAAGUCGCGACUUAUUUUGUCCCGUAUAAAUGGCCCUAAUAUGCCAGACUGGGAAUUGUCAGCCUAUAUAAAGCCCAAGUGAUUAAUCCACAGCACACUUUGGUCAUUUUCCAGGGUGCAUUCCAUGCAAAGUCUACGCCGAAGAUACACCAAUAUUAACUAUAGAUACUGUAGUAUUGUAAUUUGCCAAACUCACGCCGAAGAUCUUCGGCACUCACGCCGAAGAUCUUCGGCGUAGGCCACUUAAAAUGCACCCUGGGUUAUUUUGGGAUCUGGAGGGCCAGCCUUGUCCACCUGAUUGUCAACCUAUUGUCAUGUUAGGCCAAAAGUUGCCGACCUGCAAUUAUAUUUUUCUGAUCCAAAUUCAGAGCAAAAGAGAAAGGCAGAUCAAGCAAUAUUUUCGGAUUUAUAUGAUAAACUUGUGCUAUAUGUUGAAUUUCAGGUUGCUAAUACUUUGCUACCUUGAUUUUUCACUAAUUCUGAGGCCUGGGAGAGGGCAGUAAAAUUACAUAAAAACGUUGCUAAUAUAAUUAUGUAGAUUGGUCUGUUUUUGGCAUAUAUACAGUAUAUUCACAUUAUUGUGUUUUGUGAAUUUAUAGACGAGAAUCUGAAAUGAAGAACCAGAUGCUAUCACAAAUUCUGGACCAACAAGCCAGAGCAAGAUGUAUGUAAAAAUUUGGUGUGGUUCCUUGAAAUAGAACUUUCUAAGAAAAAUGAGUAAUGAUGUAAAACUUCUGAAAAUAAUGAUGUUUAUAGUAAUUGGUAUUUAGUAUUGUUGUAAUUUCUGGUGCCAGUCGAACAAAGGCCAGAUAGUACUGCCCAAUGGAUAGUGAUUUUUUUAAAAUUAUGCAUUGAUUAGUAUAGCACAGAUUAAAUUUUACUAUUUAUAAAUUGAAGUUUCUUUUUCACUUACUGGCCUUCAUACAGCUGUCACCAGAUGUAUAUAUAUAUGGUCCUAAUUAAGGCCUGUUUACAUUUUGCUGUGAUGUCUAGUGCAAUGUUCUUUUGAUGCAUGUGAACGUGUGAAUGAGUUACAAGUGUUCUUAGUGUAUGUACCCUCAUCUCAACAUUCAUAACUUAUCCACUCCUUCACAUUUAUCACAAGAAGAAAAUUGCACUAGAAAUUACAGCAAGAAUUGCAAGUGUAAACAGACAGGCCUUUACAAUUUUGGCCAUGUAUGUUAUAUAAAGAGCUUAAACUAAGUUACCAGUACUUUCUUAUGUUUUAGUAAACAGUAUUGCAUUGGUAAAACCAGAGAAAGCAAAAAUGGUUGAAGGCAUGUUGAUUCAGAUGGCUUCAAAAGGACAGCUUGGGGGAAAGGUGGGAUCUUUCUGUAGGAAUCUCAUUGCAGUUUCCAAGAUUUAAUUUUUGUUUCACAAAGUAUUUCUAACAAGUCUAUUGUCUGUUAGACCAAUUUGUCAAUAAUUGUUACAUUUGAAAAAAAUGUUAAGUGAACUGUGCAGGUAUGAUUACAGAAAAUCUGAAUAUUCUGAAAAAAAAAUGCCCGUUUUAUUUGCGAGAAGAGAUUUACAAACAGACAAAACAAAGAAAAAAAUUAGUAUUACAGUCGUACCAAUAGAAGUGUUCCGAAAAAUGUUGACCAAUUCAUUUCCUAACUUGAAGGAACACUUCUGAACAAUUCCUCAACAAUUUGAUAAGUCCCUUAAACUUCCUGUUUCAUUCACCAAUCAUAUUGCUCAAAAAUAAAAUAUAAAAUUUGAUUGGUCAAUGAAACAGGAAGUUAGAAACUUUUUAAGGAACUUAUCAAAUUGUUGAGGAAUUGUUCAGAGGUGUUCCUUCAAGGUAGGAAAUGAAUUGGUCAACAUUUUUCGGAACGCUUCUAUUGGCACAACUGUAAUAUUUUAUUAUUGUACAAAAAACAAACAGAAAAAAAUUGUGUACUAACAUUAAUUAUUGUACAAAUUACAAACUGUUGCUUAUUAUCCUUUAAAAAAAUGUGGUCACACCACAAUUUAUACAAGAAUAUGUUGACAAACGUAACUAUUGUUUGCCAUAUCACACUAUAUCUGAGCCAGGAAGUUUUGAUGACAAAUGUAAUUUGAGUUGUGAGCGUAUGCUUUAGGUGCAAUGCUUGCAGUGAAUUGACAGGUGAGACUUUUCUUGCUUUUUUCGGUAAACACGAAAUUGUGGGAAACAAAAAUUCACCCAGGAACGUAUUUUUUCAUUAGAAAAACUUACCAGUCAUGCGUGACUGUCUGGUAAGAGACAUUAUUUGCUUGUCAAAAUGAAAAAGAUUACCAAACAACGACCGGUACUUAUUUUGAGGCUUGAAGACAGCUGGAUUUUCUUUCUGGAAACGAUAUUGUCUGGUCUGCAAUAGCAAAAUCAUGUCAUCCUUUAAUGAAAGAUCUAUUUAUCAAUAGCUCCUAAGCAAGUUAUUUGCAAAAAUAUUAAACAGUGAUUUCUGUUCCUAGAUUGGUGAUGCACAACUUGUAAGUUUACUAGAACGAUUUAAAGAAAGCAAUCAGAAAAAAAACACAGUUAAGGUAUGGUGUAA